AUGGCGGCGGCCGGGGCGCCGGGACCGGCGACAGCAGCCCCGGCUGACAUUGCUGCAGAGUUUAACUUCUGGAACAGAAUAAACUAUUCAGCGUUCCCGGCGAUGCCGGUGGGGAUGGUCAUGCCAUUAUACCGACAACAGGCAUUUGGGCCUGGGACCCUCGGACCGUUUCCCCCGCCGGACCCGCCCACGUGGGUUCCUCGGGUUCCGGGGCCCCGAGUGCGAAUCGACCGAAGCUAUAUCAACAAUGUGACUCGGCAGCAGCGCUUCGGCCGGGGGGCCAUGGCGCGUGGCUUUGGCGACAUGAGUCAAUGGAGGGCCAUCCGAAUCCUCGGAACGGGAGCCUUCGGGGAAGUGACGCACUGGAAGUGGACCCAGGUCGGCAAAACCAGCCCGCGCUCCCGAGCGCUCAGCACGCGGCAGGGCGUCCGCGACGUCGCGGUCAAGACGGCCGCGAACCUGGCCUCCGCUGAUUUUCUCCUCAACGAGUUCAACAUGAUGACGGAGCUGACGCUCCAGAACGACGAUUGCCACGUCCUGAAGUGCUACAACGGUCUGCCGUACACCUUGGCGGACUGUCAGCGCGAGGGGAUCGUGGCGGGGGUGCCGGGGGUGCCGGCUGGGCCUGGUGUGGCUGCCGUGCCCCCGACAGGCUGGUUGUCGAGGACGCGGAAGAUCAUCUUGGAGUAUUGCAAGGAGGGGAGUCUGGGUGACUUGCUGGAGAGACGCCAGAUUAGGUUAGUCAUCUGCAGCCAACGAACUCCCGAGCCGCCGAGCUCUUGGGAGCUGAUAUGGAUCUGGAUAUCUGAUAUAUGUCAUGUCCUUGAUAGAAGCUUCCCCUUGACCGAGAUGACCAUGUGGCACAUCUUCCGCUGCCUGGCGGACGGGCUCAGCAUGCUCGAGUACGGCGCCGAGAUCACCACGGCGCCUAAUCUCCCGCCCACCGUGCCCCCGACCUUCGCGGCGGCUGCUCCGGCCGUGACACUGGCCCCGGCUACCCAUCUUAUAGUGCACCUGGACCUGAAGCCCGACAACGUCCUGAUGGCCGAUCGGGACCAACCUACGCAUCCUGACUUGCCCGUCUUUAAGAUUGCCGAUUUCGGCAACGCAAUCAAAUUCAGCCGGAAUCCUGCUCAGGUCUUCCCCUUGAACGAUUUUGUGAAGGAUCGUGGGCGGCGAAGAAGAGGCACUCAGGGAUACUACGCACCCGAGCAAUUCACGCUGCGCUGGAACUAUAAUAAUUUCAUGACCUCGCCUGUGUGUGGAAGAUACGGCUCUUGCACGAAUAUCUCUCGCCAACCACCCACUAACCUUCUCCCCUCCCCUUCCCCCGAUACAGGGCAAGCCGCAGCCACAAUGUACGAGGUCGGUCUCUGCGCAGACCCCAACCGGCCCGUCGCCACCACCGGCGUACGCGCCGACCAGCCCUACCAGCUCCCGCCCGGACGCACGAUCAAGGGCGCGCCCGCGCUCGGCGUGCUCUUCGGCUUCGAAAUCGACGCCAUGACCUACUACUCGGCCUUCUUCCGCGAGACGCUCAUGGAGUGUCUGUACGAGGUGCCGGCUCACCGGCCGACGCUGCUGCAGCUGAGGGCUACGAUUGAGGAUGGCAUUGCGAGGUGUGCGCUGGCGGGUGGUGCGCAGGCUUUGGAGGAUGACUGGAGCGAUAUUCAGGAUCCUAUUCGGUAG